AUGAUAUAUCCGCAGAAGCUAACCACUCGGGUGUAUCUGAAGAAGAGUCUCCAGCUGUUCAUCGAAAAAAAAAAAAAGACUACAGAAAAUUCUUAUGAAAACCAAUUAAUACGUGUAUUAAAAGAACGCAGAGUUUCAGACGAUCCGGUGACAUCAUUUCUGAUGUCUUUGGCUCCUCAAAUCAGAAAAAUGACAGAAGACCAGCAAAAUCAAGUUUAUAUUGAAAUGAUACAAAUAGUUCAAAAAGUAAAAGCUUCUAAAAAUUCUGAUCAAAUUCAACCACAGUCCAUUCCUUCUUCAAUUAACAAUAGUACUCUUCAACCCUUGCAAUAUUCAUAUAAUAAUAGUAACUCAUACCCGACAUACCCGUUCAAUUUCCACCUACCAACAACUUCAUACAUUUCAAGUGCCUCACCAACACCUUCUACAAAUGCAAAUAUGCCCAUAAACUAUGAACCUCAUAAUAUAGCUGGGAACAAUUCUAACAUUCACAGACAUCAAGUAUAUUACCCACAUAGCCAAUCAUCUGCUCUUACUCCACAACUACCCGUUACACCAAAUGAUACUGCAACUGUUAACUCAUACUAUUCACAAAAAAACUCCCCUCACACUGAAUCUUCUACUACAUCUGUACCAACAGGUCACUCUGACAAUAGUUACUACACUAAAAACUUAACUCCAUAUAACACAGAUAACACUAAUUCACAAUAA